UGGACGCUUUCAGGAGAGGUGCUCGACUAUAGUUCGUGAAGCUGAAAUGGUUCAAAUUUGAGCUGUGUUUAUCGAAACCGGAUGUAUUAAAGCCGUCUCGACAAUUUUGGUGGACUGACGGUGGUGAUGGCGAAUGAUUUUGGGGGGACUGAUGGGGUGACCUCAACAAUACCACCACCUGCUUCGAUUUUCAUUUUAAAUGGACAUAGUAGAGUGUGAGGACUUGUGUGGUGCUAUCAUUGCCCAUGAUUGGGCAUUAAUUCACCUAUUAAUAUAGGUGUAAACAAGAAAUGGAAAGUGUGGGGACACCUUCCUCAGGAGGGUUGUCAGUAGUUGGGGGUACAGUUCUGAGUGUGUGUGAUGGCAUGACAUACACACAACUUUUGGAUCAUGGUUAUGGUCUCACUCCUAUUACUCCUAGUAAUGCCCAAGAGUCUCCAGUCACUCCUGGACGCACACAGAGUGUCAAAAGGAGGCUUGUUUUAGAAGAGGGAGGCAUUGAUGGAGAAGGUUUUCGUACUCCUGUAAAGACUCCCAGACGAGCACGUCAAAAGUCUGUAUCGGCCACCCACUAUAGUCCAUCGCCGUCCAAGCGGAAAACUCCAGCAGUCCUCCCUGCUCCCUCCCCUGGGAAAACUUCUCGAUAUGACACUUCCCUAGGACUUCUAACGAAACGUUUCGUUGACCUGCUUCAGUUGGCUCCGGAUGGCACUGUUGAUCUUAAUAAGGCCUCGGAUAUGUUAACAGUUCAGAAGAGACGCAUAUAUGAUAUCACAAAUGUUCUUGAAGGUAUUGGUCUAGUCAACAAAAAAUCUAAAAACAACGUACAGUGGUUAGCAUCUAGAAGAAACAGUCAUGAUCUGGAGGGAGAUAUUGAUAAUUUGAAGUCCAAAGAAAAUGAACUUGAUAAUUUAAUAGAGCAAGCAGAGAGAGACCUCCUUCAAAUGAGUCAAGAUAAAAGGUUUGCCUAUGUGACGUAUCAAGAUUUGCAUGCAAUACAGUAUUAUAAGAGUAAGACUGUAUUUGCUAUUAAAGCACCUCCUGGAACACAAUUGCAGGUGCCUCAAGAUGUUAAAGAUCGGGGUUACAGAAUCCAUUUAAAGAGUGAGAAUGGUCCUAUUGAAGUAUAUCUGUCAGAGCCAGGUGUUACUGAAAGUCCUUUGAAGCCCAGUCCUAUAAAGAAUUCUCCUUUGAAGCCAACCAACACUGAAUCUGUAUCUUCACGAACAAAACUUAGGCCUACAAGGACGAGAACGAGUAAAUCUCUUCUUCAGCCUCAGAAACAUGAACUUAAAACACCAAAAAAGGAACCACUGUCCCCUCCAUCCUCUCAUCCAAAUAUCAAAACGGAAUCGAUAGAAGCAGAUGACAACAUAGAAGAUAUCUGCCCAUCUGCUUCUAGUUUAGACUUGGAGGAUGAAAAUUUACGUAGUGCUUUAAUCCUUGGGGUUGAUGAUUAUGGUCCUUUGGGGGGGAAGCUGCAGUUGCAGAUUGAACCAAAUGAAGGUGGAACUGAUGAUUUCAUGUUAAAUUGUGGAAGUGGAUCGCCCCCUCCAUUCUUAGCACUGGAACCCCCAAUUUCAGAGGAAUAUCACUUCAGCCUAGACAACACUGAAGGUCUAAGUGAUCUCUUCGAUUUCAAUUUCUGACCACUAGGGUUAUAGGUUUGGAUUUCUUUUUAAAAGUUUAAGAUCUCGUUUUGGAAAUUAUUUUAGUCAUGCAUAUUUCCUGUAGAGUUUACUGUGGCUGCACUCUUCCUUUACCGACCAGUUUUUUAAUCUGAUUUUUUCUUGUUUUUUGGGGGGUUACAUGUAGGGUAAUUUGAGAAAUCUCUAAAAGAGAAGUAUUUGUGAUUUACAUUCUGUAGUCUGAUGGAACUAGUACAGUAUUCAGUUCAUAUGUAUGCAUGGGAGUUGUUGGGGAUCUCAUUUUAUCCCUUUGGUAUAAAUUUAUCAAGUGUAAAGUAACCGUUGUAGAUUUUUGUUUUUGCAUUUUUCACACUUCAGCUAAGUAGAAUAUAUGAUGUCCCAGUAAGUGUACAGUUCUCUGGCUGUUUGCUGCUUUGGUAUGCACGUUUCCUCCGAAAGUAUUUAGUUUUAAUACAGAUGCAGAAUAAUUGCAAAGUAAUCCUUUAAAAUUUUUUUUUUUAAUUUGCAUUCCUUGGUGAAUGUAAUCCCGGUUUGCUAGACUAUUAUUACAAUUGUUUGAAUAUUUUAUCAUUACAAUUUUAAUUUUUCAAUGCACUGUUGGUUGCACUGUAUGUUGGCCACAAUUACGUGCAGUGACUGCCAAAGGCAAUUUUUCUUCCAUCCUUCCCUAUCCAUUUGAUGUUUACAUGCUUUGAAGAAGUGUGCCAAGGGAAUUUAUAUGAAUUGUCAGAUUGACAAAUAUUUAUAGGGUCAUAGUUUGUUCUUAAGAUGAUCACAAAACUUGUAUUUGAUAUGUAAAAAAAGACAUUUUAGUUGCCAUUAGAUCAUCGUGUAGGAUUAUUUUGAAGAUGUAGCAUUAGGGAAUGAAAUGAAUUCCUUAUAAUAAUGAUGAAAAUAAUUAAACAGCCAUUUUUUUAUCAUAUGAGAAUUGUUUGAUAUGAUUUUUUCCCAUACACUUGUAUAAGAAUUUGUUAUGAACUAGAUUGAUAGUUUACCCUGACACCUAACCUUAGUAAUUAAGGCAAAUUAAUCAACCUUACAUGAUAUUCCAUUUUAAGAAUAUCGGUGAUACCAGUGCCUGGAAUAUGUGGAGGAGAAGCUUGCUGGUCGUCUUGUAUGUUGUGUUCAGUUCACAAAAUGUUUUUAAAAGGUCCAGCAGAGUUAUGGUAUUCCUUUUUAUUUUUGUUUACUGAAUUGUGAAUUCUGUAGGGGUUUUAUUUUUUAUAUUUUAUUUUCACUGCCAUCCAGAAUGUGACAUCAAAAUCACCCUAGAAUUAGAUCACAAUCCUGUACUGUGGCAAACCCAGUAAUUGAUGCACCAAUAUAUUAGUGUAUCCAUACAAGAAACAAAUAUCUGGUUUUACUUGUGUUUUAUUGUCUGAUAAGUGCAGAUGGGAAGUGCCAAAAGCCAUUUUAACACUUGAGAUCCUUUCUUUGUCAUACGUACUUUACUGUUACUUUUCUGCACAGUAUGGCCUGCUUGGUUCCAGUUCCCAGGUUUGGUCAUAAUUACUGUUUACAUAACUUUAUUUCUUUGCUUGCAUAGUUUUCAUAUUUUACCAUUUCAUUCUUCAUAUUGACUUAGUCAGAAUGUUUUUCUUUUCUGCUAGUUGCAUGCCAUUUUAAUUGUAUUACAUAUUUUAGGCUUAUUUUGUAUACUUUUAUUUUUUUGGUAUUUUUUAUUUUUCUGGUAUAAAGAGAGCAGCUCUUGCCAUAAGCAAGAGCAAUGAGUGUUGGAAGGUUUUAAUUAUCUCUUUAGUCUCAUGUUUUACUAGUUAGUGUAAAACAUUAUGAAACAUUACUUUUAUUUAAUUUAGAGCACAAAAGGUAGUGGGAUAGGUGGCUCAAUGCCAUUUCUAAACCCAAACCUAAGAAAAGAAGUGAGUUCAGGAAAUAACUUUAUAAUGUUCCUGAGAAAAGUAAGCAGGAAGGGAAUUUCAAACCUUGGCGGCAAAGGGAUUCAGCAACUAAUUACGUACUACUGGAAAAUGAGAAGGAAUGAGAAAAGUUACCUUUUAGCAAAUAGAGGGAGGAAUGAGAAACUACCUAAGAGUAAAGUCAUUAAUGAAAUGAACUUGCUUUGAGUCAGUCUUGUUGAGAAGGUAGAUUUAGCAGUGAAAUUGUCAUUUCACAGACUUGAGUUUCAGGCAAGCUGAGUACCCUAAAUAGUGAUAGCAGUAAGAUGUUUUUUCAUUGAAAACAAUUGGAAAAAUGGGAUGGGAUAGAGAAUGAAGAACAAGUAGAACUCUUGUUGUCAAAAUUAUGGCAUCCCCAGUCAGAUAAACUCAGAAAUCAGAAGUACUAGAUGAGAACUGAAUGUUGAGGUGAUUGGUUUCAGUUAGGGAGACAGCUGGGAAGCCAAUGGAGAAUCAGAGUUCAAUAAUAAGCUAAAGGAUGAGAAAAGGCAAACGUAAGGUAAUUAUCAUCAAAAACAUUUUUAUAAUGACUGCUUUGUCUUGAAGGGUUUAGAUAAGAAAUUAAGUUUUCUCCAAGCUGUCGUUUGCUCUCUCUGCUUGAACUCUCUGAUUUAGAUCUUUUCCCAUCCCCUUUCUUCAUUAUCAUCAGAAGACAAUAGAAUAUAGUAAGAGCUAGUAGAGAUGAGGAAGGAAGCCAGUGUUGCCCUGUCAUCUACAGACAAAAGGUGUUCAUUAUGAAGCCAGAAAUAAGUGUUCAGAGGGAAGUUGUAAAGCCAAAAGCAUAUUUUGGUUAAAAGUCUGAUGCCAGACUAAUGUUUAAUAAUAUCAAGAUACACCAAAUAAUUCUCUGAGUCCCUCAGAAAAGGUAAUCAAACAUUGCUGUGGUAUGACAGAUAGACUUUAGAAGUUUUUAUCCGGUGGAAACAAUAUUUAUUAUUCGAAAGUAGGUGCUUGAUGCAAAGUUUUUGAAAUUCUGUAGGUGAUUUAGAAGAAAUUUAUUCAAGAUGAUGAAAAUCUUAAAAUCCCAAAUGUCUUACCAGUAAUAUAAGUUAAAAGCAGUUAUACUGGUGUCAAAAGGGUUGCAGUGAUUACCCUUCUUAAGGGUAGGCUGAGGAACCAGUACUUUUCCAUGAGGAAGAAUUGAGUACAAGUUUUAACCAGUUACAUGAAAACACAACAAAGCAUAAGGACCAGUGCUAAAGAUUGAAGAACUCUUUGGACCUCUUGAACAGGUAAUGUUAGGGAUGGCAUAUAAUUAGUGAAGUAGUAAAGAAAAUUAGGAACAUUCGAAUCCUUGAGAGAACAGUUAUCAUACAGAAGAAUGUUACUGUUCAGAAGCAAAUCAAACCAUAGAUCCAUAUGAAUUGAAGAUAGCAAAGAAGUAAAGAACUUCAUUUGUAAAUGACCAGAAUUAUCUCAAGAUGGAAUUGACAUCAGAUAACUACCCAGUAUUUUAAAACUUUUCUUCAAGAUAUGUAGCUACAUCCAAUUUCUACCAGGACAGGCUAGGAAAACUAUUUGGCCACACAUUCCAACUUACAUGGGUGAGGUACUAGAACGAACAACUAAAUUUAAGGAAGAAUGAAAGUUACUUUUAUCAAGUGAUAUAGGUUAUAAAUUUGGGAGGGGCCACAUUUCAGCUAACAUGGCAAUAAACCCCUCAGGGAAAAUAGAGUAUAAAAGCAUGAACUUGGGAAAUCUUUAUAUUUAGGGAGCAUAAGAUGAAAAAACCCCAGAACCACCCAAAAUCAUAAGCAUAUACAACCUUACUACAAUAUAUCAAAACCUCUUAAAGGAAGAGAAAGAAUUAGAAGAGUGGGAAAAGAGCAUGACAGUAAUUGUAUGCACAUGGGAAAAGAUUUUGGAGGAAGACAGAAAAAUUUGGAAAUUGGUGAUUAUCAGUUUGGCUUCAUGUCAGACAGAUCUUUAAUAGCAGUCUUCAUGAGGCAAUUACAGAUAAAACAAAAAAAAAGGAGACAGUGUUUGUAGAUCUUUAAUAGUUAUUUGAUAUUUAACUUAAACAAAAUUCAUUAGUUGUGGAGGCAUAGGGUACCAUAACAACCUAGAGUGAAGACUUGGCAGGUUUAUCUGAUAGUUUGAGAUAAUUUGGUGUACAUCAAAAACCAAUGCUUAGCCCAUUGCUGUAUAUCACUUGGUAAUGGCAAAAGCUGCAAGGAGUGCCGAUGGCUUAGUGCUAAAAGCCAUCAUAAUUUGAAAAGGCGGCUGUAGAAAGCUUUAAAAGAUGGCAUAGUUAUUAGUGGCGAGUACAGAAAAUCAACACAAAGCAAAACAAAAAUUAUGAUGACGAAAGAAAGCAAAGGCAACACUACAAUUAUUAAAGUGGUUUGUGGGGAAGGUUAGAGGGAUGAACUUGACACUAUACCAGACAGAACGUGGUGUCAAAUAAGGUGCUCAAGAUUACUAUGUACAUAGAGUAGUAGUUUCUCUCUCUCUCUCUCUCUCUCUCUCUUGUAAAAUGCAUCACAAGUGCAAAUGGAAGGUAGAUGGGAGGUGAGCCUGUUAUGAUGGGAUAGCUGGGCUGGUUUUAGAAGUUAUUGCUUUAGAAUAGUUGAAAUUGUACAAAAAUCCUGUACCGCACUGCACAGCUGAAAAUGGAGAUUUUGAAAAUUUUCAUAGAAUAUUAAGAUCCAUGGCUUGAGUACUGUGGGUAGGUUGUAUUAAAAACGAGGAAUUACUAGAAAGAUAUGAUUGUAAGAGGCUGGAAAAAGAUUUAAAUAAGUUAAAAUGGUUUUGACAUGCAAUGAGGAACAUUUGGUCAGAGAAGCAGAUGAAGAAUAAUGUCACACACAUAUAAUAUAUAUGUCUAUAUAAUACAUGUGUGUUAAAGAAUAGAUCAGUGAAAAUUAUAGAAAUUAAACAACUAAUGUAAGUGAAGGAAAGUUAAGUAUAUACACAAUGUAGAAAAAGAUUAGCUAAAUGAAAAAUUAAUUACUAAAGUAAACUGAAGAUAACAUAUAAUUCUAAAUAACUAACAGGAACCAAUAUGUGAAAGCAACCGAAACAUGUAAGUCAAAUGAUGCAUACAUAUGUAUUUAGAGGCUAAAUUUAGAGUAACCUAACCACCUGACUUGGAAAACUUUAAGGAUGAAGUGUACAUGCAUAUGGUAUAAUGGAAAAUAUUUUUUCUAGAGAAUGUUUUGCACUUGCUACAGUAGGUUCAAUAUAGUACAGCUUUUUUUUCAGCUGUGAGUGGUGGGAGAGCUGACUGGAAACUGUUGGAUUGGCAUGCAUACCCUUUUCCAAAAUACACAUUUAAGAUAUUAGCCAACUUAACGUAGCUGCGAGUUUGAUUCCCGGGCAUUCCAUUGAAUGUUAGAGAUGUGUAUUUCUGGUGAUAGAAGUUCACUCUCAACGUGGUUCGGAAGUCACAUAAAGCUGUUGGUCCAAAUGCUGAAUGACCACUGGUUCCAUGCGAUGUAAAAACACCAUACAGACACAAACAAAACUAAAUAAUUUAUUUUUACAAUUUACAUUGCAAAAUUAGUUUUAAAAAAUUUUUGGAUUUGUCCACUAUUACUAAUUCUGUAUCCAAGAAAAAAAAUUAUGAUAUUUUGAAUUUGAAUGAAUAAAUUAUUAAAAGAAAAUUUAUCAAAAAGAUUAAUUGAUGAAAGCAAAGUGAAAAUAGUCAUUUUUUUUUAGUAAUACAAAAAUUGCACAAUGUUUUCAUGUGUUCUUGUGAAUUUUAUCAGUUCAAGAUUAUUUGAUAUCCCACUAAAAGGAAAAUUAUACUAAUAUUCCCUGGGUGUCUGAUAUAAAGCAGAGUGAACUUUCUCUUUAUCAGUCUCCUUUUAUAAAAUGCUAGAGUUGAUAGUAUUCUCUAAACUAAGCAUUCCACACACAAGGCUACCUCACAGCUGUAGAGCCAGGAUGUCUUUCUCUUGGCUAAUUUUUAUUAUUUUGCACUUGUGCACACAAGUCAUACUCUGUUCAUUUGCUAUAUCUUCUGUUGCUGGCAGUAAUACAAGCUAGUGCCUCUUGGCACCAUUGCUGCAGUGCAACAUGGUCAACUUGUACCAUUGAUAUGCUUCUACCACCCUUGUGGUUGAAGUCUGCCAUGUUUAACAAUUUUUUGUAGCCUCUGAGAGAUAUUGUGCAAAGUCAUUCAAUAUCCAGAUGUUUAUUCAAUGAAAUAAUGCUAUUUUAUACUAAAUUCUCCUCAUAUAUUCUGUUUUGCCCAUCUGCAUAUCUGGUUUCAGGGCAAGCCACUUAUUGUUCGUUUAGUAGAUAACAGCAUCCAGCUUCAUUAUUGGGUUUCCUGCCCAGUGAUUGCAUUUUCCUGUUAGACUUAAUUGCGGUGUGUAGUCUAGUUCUCACAAGGAAAAUUAAUUUUGUUUCCAUUUGCUAGUAAGUUGAUGCCUGUUCUUUCUAAAUGUCUUUCAUCGUGUCUGUGAGGAGGAUGGGCAUCGCUUUUCUUUUUAAAUGGUAUCAACCUGUAUGGUGGUGCUGUUAUGUAGAAAUUCACUCAGGCCUAGGCUGGGAGAGUAGUUAUGUGCUAAGUAUGACCUUCACCAGAUAAGAGGCCUUGAAUAUUUUCUUGACUACUUCUGAGCGGGUUAGACUUAUUAUAGGGAAUGUUAACUCGAGUUUUGGUGUAGACAACAAUAUCCAUCACUAACCUAAGUAUAAAGUAAUAGAUAACAUUGUUUAACAAAAACCAAUUCACUCCAGACAUAAAAUACUGUUUAGAAAUAAAGAUCCAUUUGAAUAAUACAAUACAUUCCUCAGCCACAAGCUUUUGAAAUGGAUAUUAUACUUGUAAAGUAUUUGUCUGUGCCAUGAUGUUCCUUAUUUUUUAAGUCUUCUUGGAAUGGGGGUGUCUCAUAUCAAUAUUUGUAGAAUGUAAAAUUCUGUAAAGUACCUGGUACCAAUCAUGAGGCAUAAGCUUUGGCAUAUGAAUAAAAUUAUGCUUAUCUGUCAAUCUGUCAUCCUUAACCCAAUGUUUAGGGAUAUGUUGUCACCAGGAUAACUCAAUAAUUACUUCAGGCCUACAUCUUUCCUUACCUUCAUCUUAAUUCAAACCUGAGGUUGAUCAGUAACAUGCUGUCCAUGGUAACUUUUAUCAACUGUGACUUGCACCAUUUCAUCAUCAAUAACUAAGUAUUGAUUCUGUCAUCCUUCAGUCAAUUAUGCCAUCAUCUUCUGAAGCUCUAGCUAGAGAACCACAAAUGUGAACAUCACACCACUGCUUAGUUAUCUCAAGUAUGGAACAUAUUGGCAAAAACACUUUCCUAUUACUCUUUUGGCUUCAUAAUGUACAUACAACUUUCAGUAUCAGUAUAUUAUUACUGUUAAAAUUAAUCAUAAUCAUCAAUAUCCAAUGACCCUAAGCCUUCCAGUAUAGAAUUCUCAUUCACUUAUUUCACCAAGAGUAUGCACAUGCACCACCUUCCAUUGAAUGAAACAACAGGUUUGGCAAUAUGUAUCCUAUAUCAAUGACUAGGCAAUUUCUUGUAUCAAUAACUUUAUGCAUUUUAUGCUAACACUCAGGUCUGGGAUGUUGCCACAUUUACUGGGGUGGGGAGAUUUGGGAUUAGUAAUAGCACUCUCCAUCAUGAAGUCUUAAGAAAAGAACAGUUCGCAUUCCUUCCUUGCUCUUAGGUGAGGACCAAUAAUUUGCUAAUUUAUUUAUGCCCCCCAUUAAAUUAUGGUAAUGUGAAUGCUUUCCUGUUAAAUGCAUUCAGAUUCCAUGGUGUGAAGUAAGAGGCUAUCAUAUGAGGUCCACCAGACUUUGGGGGUUAAUAUGGAGAAAGUAUAAUAGUAUUUUUUUAUAACUCCUUGGUAUGCUGAAUAAAUUGCAGGAGUAAAGUUUAUUUAUACCAGGAUUAUCUCACUCAUUCAGUGUAACACUGAAAACAGCAAUAUCUAGCUCUCAUGAUAUUGCAUUGCAUGUACAUUGUAAGUAGUACAUUGGUGACAUAACUGGAAUUAUUUGGUCAAGGAACAAGUUUAACUUUUCAAACAUUUUCAACUUGUUUAAUUUAUUCCAGGACAAUUCUUUAGAUUUUUUUGGAUAAUCAAGAUUCAAAUAAUCUGAGUUUAUGGCUGUGUAAUUUAUUGGGGCCAUCAUAUUAGCCCUACUGAUCGGGAAACCUUAGCGACCUGAAAACAGU